CGUAAGUAACCAGUUCCUGAUUAGGAAUUUGCUUUCUUUUUUGUUUGCUUGUUCUUUGUAUUCUUGUUUGAUGAAUGCUGGUGCUAAAUUAUGCUAACGUGUGGUCUUCAGCCUGCUGACACCAGGAAUGUUGGUGUCUGUGUUAGAGGAAUGUUCAGAGUAUGGGCAAGUGCUGUUUUACAGCAGUGACAGGGAAGCCUGGAUCUGGCCUGAUUGUGGAUUUUUAACUGUUUCUGUAUACGUAGUUGAAUGCUCAUACCACUGUUGUUGGCUUUAUGUUUUUUCCCCUACAAACAUUACACCUUUUUAAUCUUGAGUAUUUCAACACAGAAGGUUCAUUUAUCUACAAAAAAAAAAAAAACCACCACAAACCAAAUCCCCUUUUCUGAACAGCUUAAGCGUUGUAUUAACCAUAUGAGCUUUAAGGUCAGACCUUUACCUUCAGCUCUACCUGUCUGCUCAUGUGUGUUGUAACACAGUCUUUGCUAAUGAAGAGUUUCGUCAGCGCUUUCUUCCAAGUGUAGAUACAUGUGUAACUAAGGGAAUGGUUUCUUCAGCACUUUUAAGUUCACAGAAGGGAAGAUUUUUGUGAAAAAGGAACUUCUUCCUGCUGGUGAACCAGAUCAAGGAAGGUGAUAUGGCUGAGAACCAACAGGCUUUUUGGGGGUAGCACUGAAAGGGCUGAUGAGUUCCUUAGUCUCCCUUGCUGUGGUGCCCCGUGGGUGGCCUGUGCUGGUGCCAGGGAAGGGGCUGAAUUGAGCGGGACUGUGUUGCCCUAAAGUUAGGUUGGCUUGAAGCCUUUUGUAAUGUUCUAACUGGUGCAGUGAAGAAGUUGGGAGUACGUUGCAGUUAUUUGUUUUGUGUGGUUUUGUUCCUCGCUCCUUUACAAAGCAAAUUACAGAUCUGACUGAAGAAAAGUGUUCUCAGCGUUGCGAUUCUAGGGAAAUGCUUUAUAAAAAUUUGUUUGUGUGCAUCUGAUAAAUAGUUCAGUAGAAACCUAUAUCCAACUGUGACAAAAUACAUACAAUGAAAAUAGAACACAUGCAACUAAUUUUCAGUAACAUACAUUUUACAAUAAUUUAUACCAGAGCUAGCUAAUGACCGAGUUCUUUCCCAAUUUGAUGUACAAAUACCUAGCUGUUAAAUUAUUUCUCAAUAGAUGCAAGCCUCAGUUCAUAGGCAGAAGGUGCUAAAUGUGUCUCUGUAAUACCCAUGUUACAUUGAUUUAAUUAGUGGUUUUAUGCUAUUCAUCACUCUGUUAAUCUUGGUGGGAAGGUUUUGUUGGGUGAGGAUUAGUUAUUUAAUCUGCAUUUUUAAGUGGAGUGUUUUUGUUGUUUAGUGUUAUCUAAAUAAAAACAGUGUAGGUUGAUUUUGUUUUUUAAGGAAAGCAUGCCUCUGGAAUUCCUGUUGGACUUUGGUGUUCAAAAUCUCUGUGAUUCAUUAGGAUACUGUGAAGAUCCCAUUUGUUACACAGUCUGACACUCUUCUUGCUCUGUAACUUCUUCACAUGCAACUAAUCCAGAAAAAUGCUAUGUAUAGACAAGCCCUCGGAGUGUAAGAUCUGUGAGGCUGACGCCAGUACGAUGUUAGAUAUUUGUGUGUUGGAGCUGGCACCUUGAGGUGUGACUUCUGGGAAAACCGGGAGCGUGGCAUCCUAAACGUGAGCGCUUGAAGAGAAAGAGCAGUAUAGCCCAAGGUGAUGGGCUCUGCUUGCUCGGGUCACGCAGCCCAACACGGAGGGGAAAGGCAGUUGGGUCACCAGAGCCAGGGGAAGAGGCAGUGACAGUGACCUCAGGAACAGGCUGGGGUGGCACGUGGGUGGCAGUGGCAAGGACUUGCUUAUGAAGGCCACGCUCUGUCCCGGAGUGAGGAAGGGAGAAAUGUGAUUGGAGAAGAGAGGAGUAGAGGAGGUGGAGGAGAUAGGGAGGCAACAUUAGGAGAGGGAGGAUGGGGAGGAAAAGGAGCGAGCAGUGAGGAUUGCUUCAAAAACUGGGGUAUCAGCCAGGAAAAUAGAAGUAAAACACUUUCUGGUAGACCCUUCAAGGGUUAACCAAGCUCUUGGCUCAGAUGGUAGAGUGAGGAACCUUUGGUCACUGGCUCCAGUGAAGCUGCUCUGUGUGUUUGCUGUGGCCGGGAUCCAGGAGGACAGGGAAGAGACAGAAGGCUCAGCCUCACCAGAGGAGAGGCAGCUGCCAGGGAGCCGCCCUGGGUGAGGAGCAGGAAAGCUGUCUGGUUGGUGUAUUAGCUGUCGGUCACACGCACCUGGUCUGAAAACAGCUGGUGUCUGAAACGGCUUGGACCUGCUGGAGGCAACUCGAUUGACCCGCGGAUGCUGUGAACCAGGAGCUGACCGAAAAGUGGGAGAGCUCCAGGAUUCCUCCCCGGAAAAGAGUGCCUGCUGGGGUGUGUGCAGAAGAAUGGCUGCGGCAGAACCUCUGACCGCUUUCUCCCGAUGGUACCUCUAUGCCAUUCACGGCUAUUUCUGUGAGGUGAUGUUCACAGCUGCCUGGGAGUUUGUGGUCAACUUUAACUGGAAGUUUCCGGGUGUUACCAGUGUGUGGGCGCUCUUCAUCUAUGGCACCUCCAUCCUCAUUGUGGAGAAGAUGUACUUGUAUCUCAAAGACAAGUGUAACAUUUUGGUGCGCUGCUUCAUUUAUACACUUUGGACAUACCUCUGGGAGUUCACCACCGGGCUGAUCCUACGCCAGUUCAAUGCCUGCCCAUGGGACUAUUCCCAGUUCGAUUUUGACUUCAUGGGCCUGAUCACCCUGGAGUAUGCCAUCCCAUGGUUUUGUGCUUCUUUCAUCAUGGAGCAGCUGGUGAUCAGAAACACCCUGCGCUUACGAUUCGAUGAGACUGCUGAGCCGGGGGCCCCCACUGUCCCUGUGGCCUUGGCCAACGGCCAUGUGAAGACUGAUUGAGCAGUGAGUGACUCAGAACCUCGCUUAGCAAUCUAAGAGAGCCUAGACCUCUACCAUGAACUGUCAGCUCUGGCUCUCAGGUACUGCUCCUUGCUGUAUGAUAAGAUUCAUAAACCCCAUUUUUCUAAUGGAGGUGUGCAUGGGAUAUACCAGAAAAAAAGUGGAACCAAUAGAUUUUCUAUGGAUUUUACUCUUUGGGCUCCAAGGACCAAUAUCAGUUACUUGUUAGUUAGGUCAUUUCUGAUUUUAACUUAUUACAGAUGAAAGCAGUCCUUUUGCUUACACUCUUAUGUGUAGAAAGAAGAAAAAGAAAUGCUAUGGUGGAAAUGCAUACAAAAAGAAAAAAACCUAAUUAGUGGAUGGGCAUGGACACGCCAGCUAAGUUAGUGAUUGGCUUACUCCAUUAGGCAAUAUUCAGGUGCUUGCUUGCAACCAAUACCUCCCGUGGGACCUGAGAUGCUGCAGGAACAAGGAAAAUCCAUCUGCUGUUGAGAAGAACCUAAGACUGGCAGUCUGCUGGGGAGGUAGAUGGUGUUCCCCUUGUGAGGUCCCAUUGGCCUCUCCCCAGGUUCUUUGUUGCACCAUGAAAUAAUCUGGUGCUGGACAUCUUGCUGACUUUAUACAGAUCUUGUACUUUUUGAAAUCUCAGUCCUGAUACUCACUAGAAUUUUUUUUUUCUUUUUUUUUUAAUAAAGGCCUUUUUUGCCGAGUGAAUUUUACCAUAAUCUGUGCAAUCUGAAUCUUGGCAAAAGGCACAAGAAAAUAGCAUAAGUCUUCCCAUCUCCUCUGUCCCCCCAAAGCAGACCUGGCCUGAGGGUCUGCUGGAGAUUCCAGCUCCCAUCUCAGCCGUGCAAACCUUGUAGAGACUGUACAGGCCACAAGAGUUUUCUGCCUUCCUUUCUAGGGAUUCCUCUGUUUCUGGUGAUGUUGAUGACUUAGUCUGGCUGCAACCCAUUGUAUUUGGAGGUCAGAACCUUCAUGUGGCUAACAUGGUAUCCAAGAUUCGGUCCUCUGGCACUGACUCUCACCUUCCUUCAGUACUGGCCGGUCUUGGCUCAGUUCUGCCCAGUGUUCUCCUCAGUGUAUCGAGAGGAUUUGCUUUUUCUUCCCAAAUUCUGCUUUAAGUAACCACAGCCAUAUUGACAUGACAAUAAUUGCAGGCAGCAAGAGAUAUGCCAUGCUGCCUGCUUCAUUAUUUAAAAAAAAAAAAGGCAGUUUGAAAUUUAACCUACUGGGGACACUUGAGAAAUAGAGGGGAAGUUGUAGCGCAGGGAAAGUGCUUGAUAGUGGCAGCCACAGGUUCAUAAUUCAUUCUGGCAAGUCUUGGCUUUUGAAGAGCAACUAACAUGGAGCUUCCAGCUGUCAGAUGUAUCUCACUCCUAACUGGUUUAUGAGGAAGUUUGCUUUAGUUGCCCUGCAGGACCAGGUUAAUUUCAGGUGUUCUUCUACCAUAGUCAACAGAGCUGCACCAGGGGUCAGUUUGGCUUGAAAUGCAAAUGUGUUGGUGUGGUUGUGGGAUCCACUCCUGUGUUGGAAAUGGCUGGGCUAUUUCUGUGUGGGUCGCUCGCCUCUGGUGGGGACUGCUCAGCUGAGAACUUGCUCCUUGCCCUCGGGCAUCCAUUCCUGAGGGGGAGAAACAUUCCUGGCUCUGUAAGGAGAAUUGCUGGUUGGUUCUGCUCUUCUGAAGGCAGUGUUAAUCCUUCUUGUGUCACACAGGGCAAUUAUUGUAUUCCUCCCCCUUCUCACAUGGCAUCCGUUGCUGGCAAUGGACACACGAAAACUCCAGCAGCAAGGAGUUAAUCAAAUCUGCCCUGGGGUAUGUAAUGUCUCCUGAAACACCCAGAAUACUUACUUGGGUAUUUAGAGUUCCCUUUUUAUAGUUCAUUAAAUUAAAAGAGAACAAACACUGAACAGACUACUUUUUUUCCAUGCUGUGAUGCCAGUAUUAUGAAAUCAGAGGAGCAGUAUGUAGUUUGUCAGUCUUGAUGGUCUUGGCCAUGUAGAUCCAGGCAAAAUAGUCACCUGACACUGCACAUGGGGUAAAAAAGAGAUGAGAUUUUUAUGUGUGAUAAUGUAGAUGAGCUCUACUGGACCAGAACGAGAAUUGCAAAGUGCAGGUGAGAGUUGGGAGCUCCCCAUUUUGGCCCCAGUUCUGUCAGAAUCACUAAACACAGCGUCUAAAGCUGGGUUGUCCUCUCACAGCUUAGCUUAAUUGUGGUGGUGUCCUGCACCACCCCUGCCUCAUUGAAACCCUGAGCCUUCAUAGGCUGCAUCCUUAGGAGCCCUGCUUUCUCCUUAGCUGUUAGAAAACUCUAAAAAGGGAAAAGGAGUUAGCAACGUGGUCUGGUGACUCCCAGCUGCAGCUGGCACUGGGGGAGGAGUGACUGGUGCACAGUCACUUUAGAAGCUCCCCACUAACUGACACUGGGUUUGCUCUGUGAUGUAAUAUUUAGAUGCUGAAAUUAUGGAGGUGUCAUGGUUUAAUACCAGCCAGUAACCAGGACUGUGCAGCCGCUCGCUCACUCCCCCCAGCUGGGAUGGGGGAGAGAAUUGGAAAGGUAAAAAGUGGGGGAAAAAAGCUUGUGGGUUGAGAUAAGGCCAGUUUAAUAGGUGGAGCAAAACCCACACGUGCAAGCAAAGCAAAACAAGGAAUUAAUUCACUGCUUCCCCUGGACAGGCAGGUGUUCAGCCAUCUCUGGGAAAGCAGGGCUCCAUCACUUGUAAGAGUUACUUAGAGGACAAACACCAUCGUUUCAAACAUCUCCCUUCUUCCUUUACCUUCCCCAAGCUUUAUAUUGCUGAGCAUGGUGUCACGUGGCAUGGAAUAUCCCUUUGGUCAGUUGGGGUCAGCUGUCCCAGCUGUGUACCCUCACAACUCUUUGUGCAUGCCCGUCCUGCUCACUGGUGGGGCAGUGGGAGGAGCAGAAGAGCCCAUGACUGCUCAGCAACAAACUAAAACCACCAGUGCACUAUCAACAGUAUUUUUUUAUCCCAAAUGCACUACACCAGCUGCUAGUGAGAAGGUUAACUCCAUCCCAGCUGAAACCAUGACAGGAGCGUUUCCCAGCAGCAUCUUACUCCAUUAUCCUUAUUGCCUGUGCCACCGUAACAGCUGUUGUAGUCUGCUUUCCACUGAUGUCUGACAGGUACCACCAGCUAUUGCAUCCUCAUAGAGUGGUAAUUUACACCCAGAAGUGCACUUUACUUGCAGCUUGCACACCAGAAACAGAAAGGGACCCGGCAAAUUCUUAAGUCAAUUAAAAUAAUUAUACGAAAUACCAUGUACCUAAUGCAGCAGGAUUAGUCAGACUUCUCCUUUCUGAGAAACAUGGCUACAGUCAGAGCUUUGUCUUUUCUGCAAGAUCUCCCUUUUUAAUACAUGUGAUGCUUCUUAUAAUGUCUUACAGAAGUGCCCAGAGCACAUUACCCGGGUCUCAGUGGCAGCUCGGCGAGAGCUCGGGAGCUGGACUGAUGUAGAGACAUUGACGUAAAGAAGAAAAAACGCACAAGGCCUAACAUUUGUUUGUAUGUGUAUCUUCCUCGGUAGAUUAAAGUUGCCUGUUUUGAGUUCACCAGCAAUAAAGAAACCUUGUGAUUUGUCUACCUUGUCCUAACUGCAGCAAGGAGACAGUGGCCCAUUGCUGCUUUUUUUUUUUUCUUUUUCUGUUUUUUUUUUUUCCCUGGUGGGUGGUGGGAUACAGGCUCCAGUUACCCCGAUUUUCCAGUUUUGCCUCCCUUCUCUUGCUUCUCUCUUGUACGGUCCACCCUAAAGGAUUGCAGAGCACGGGAUGAAAUACAGAGUCUGGCGUCCUGCACCCAGGAGAUGGUUGAAGCGUUACCGUGAUGUCUGUUCAUCCUCCGCAGAUCUUGCCAGAGGGAGAUGGUUGACUUUCAGCAGGACCAGACUGCGCUUUGGUCUUCGGUGUUAUAAUUGAGAGAAAUGUGUACAUAUGUACAAGGUACUAUUGCGCCUUUGGUCUGAGUGCAUUUUGUAAUUAAAGCAGAAUAAUCCAAUCAAGGUUUUGCUCGACUAGUCCUGUGACUAUAAAAGGUAAAAAGACUGCAGGGCUUUAACUGCUUUGAGAAUUGGGAAGCGGGUGGCUGCAGUUCUCCCGAGUUCAAUAGCAUUGUGCUGCUGUUGACUGGUUUUCUGAAACCUGCUCAGAAAGAAAGGGGAUUUCUUCGUUCAUGGGAACUUCUGCCCUUUCUGUACUAUGAAUAAAACAUGAGCCACCUCUAAGAUGUGAACUGAAA